AUGUUUACUCAAUUUGUGCCUGUUUAUGAAGGUUCAAAGGUGCAAGUUGGUGUGUCGCGUUUAGAACUUGCUGGACAAGAUGUAAACGACUCACUUGAGAAAUUUGCAAACACAAAUGGAUUCACCUUCAAAGAUUACUUAGAAAAGGAAACUUUGGCUGAUUUGAAAGAAAAACUUUGUUAUGUUGCUCAGAAUUAUGAAGAAGAAAAGAAAAAAGACGCAAACAAACUGGAUAAAACUUUCAACCUCCCAGAUGGAAAAGAAAUCAAACUUGGUGUUGAGAGAUUUGAAUGUGCUGAACAAUUGUUUGAACCAGAAACAUGUGGAAAGGAAAUAGAUGGUAUUAUUGAUCGAGCUAAUGAUAUGCUCAUGCACGUUGAUCCAGAUGUGAGAAAUGAAUUAUAUGGUCAUAUUGUGUUGGCUGGCGGUAACACAAUGAUGCCUGGCUUUGUGGAGAGAGUUAAAACCGAAUUUACUAAAUUGGCACCUAUAUCUGCAAAAGAUUGGAUUUUACUGCACCAGAAAAUAGAGAUCUUGCUGCUUGGAAAGGAGGCGCCAUAUUUGCUAGUUUAUCAACUUUUGAAUCAGCUUGUGUGUCAAAAGAUGAUUAUGAUGACAAUUAUCUGGGUAUUAUCAAUGCAAUAUGCCCCUAAAACAAUAUUUUUACAUUUAGUUUUUAUACAUUAUUAUAUGUUAUCAAAAUAA